AUGAGCAAGAUGGAUCACAUAGAGGAGACCUUCUACACGGGGAAAGAGAUCGCAAUCGAGCCCGAUCUUGGAGACUUGCGGAAGUCUACCGACAAGGCCCUGCCGGCGCCGCCCAAGACACCGAAGAGGGUGUUGAUGAAGUACCGGUUCUCUGCGAUCCUUUCGAUCGCAUUCGCGGUCGCAAGCUUCGUCUUCACGCUGGUACUGGUACUGGCGGGGAGCGAUGAACAUAUGUUUGGUGGACAGUACAUCGUGGCACUGAAUACAACUACGAUCGCCCGAGAGAGCUCGCAGUUAGAUGCAACAUCGCAACGAUCGGAAAGCGUGGACGGCGAGACACUAGCAGACGUCUACUAUCUCUACCUCAGGACAGUUUGUUCGGGCUCUAUUUCCGAUGCUCAAGAUGAUGCUUCCGAUACUAUUGUCGUAGAACUAUGCGAAAGCUAUCGCGAAGCCAGCGACAUCUCGACACUCCUGAGGACUAUGGCUACCGUGUUGGCCGGCGUACGAUACACCGUCUUCGCUUCCUUACUCGUCUCGCUCGUCGGUGCUGGCUUCUCCGCCGUCUCCGCCAUUCCAGCCAUCAUCUUUCCACACUCAAAACUUCUCGCCUACUUCAACAUCUUUUGGCCAUUCCUUGCGAGCGCAUUCGCCUUUGUCGCCGCCGUCUUGCUCACGGUGUUGAUAUCUGGGGUUUUCUCGGUGGCUGGUGACAUCAUCGAUGUUGCUGGGGGGAAGCUGAAUCAAGGUACAUCCGUGCUUCUGAUCGCAUGGCUGGCAUAUGUACUAGUGUCGUUGUCGGUCGCUUACUGGGGCGUGCCGGAAGAGUUGACUAAGGUCAAAAAUUACGAACACAACCCUUGGUCUUUUGAGGAUGGCAGUCUCAUACACCCUGGUGCUUAUCCUGGUCGUUACGCAAGCACAAAAGAGAUCGAGGAACAGGAGGUCCCAAAGGGAUUCUGGCGUGCUCUCGACAGAACUAACGAAGAUAUCAACAAAGCACAACGUAGUAAGAACGAGGUUUAUGAGAGGUUUGAAGAACUCGAUGCGCGAGUCGAAGCGCACGGCUUUAAGGGGAUGCCCGAAUUCAAAGAUUACAAUGGCGAUCAGAUCGUGGAUUUUCUUAAGGAGGCGGGAGGAAAUAUCCGCAACCUUGUUGGAAUGGGUCUAGGUAGUCUCGCUGACUGCGAAGAACAAGACUUUGAGGACAACGUGCGAGCACACUUCUUUCUACGCACGCUCUUUUACACGCUCAGUAAACGGGAGCAUAAAAAGGCGAGAAGGAAUAACCUAGCUGAUCCUCAAGGCUUCAAAAUCUAUUAUGAGGAUUCCAGAUACGUCGACAAAGAUAGGGAAUAUAUCAAAGGCUGGACCCUGCAUCAAAUCUAUACGGAUAACAAACGCAUCGAGAUUAUCCCCAAUUGUAACGGGCGUUCAUUCCGUGGCACCCACGGAAGUAAUGGGGACUAUAUCUUCAUCACCUUCAAGCCCGAUGAUCCAUUCCGCCAGAUUCUGGCCGCCUACACAUACAACAAGGGGUCUAAUGAGAAGCUAUGGACGGAAGAAGCAGAUCCCAUUAUGCCACGUGCAAUCAUCUGCCGACGCGCGUUCGAGGAAUUCGGUGAAGACAAAACCGACCAGCGUGUUGCAGAUUGGUUCAGCAGAUACUCAGUUGUACAUCAGUUUACAGAGGAGGACAACAAGAUGUUUGGCGGAGCAAUGUGGCUUCACAUCUUGAAACCUGAAAGUCAAGACAAUAGUCCCGAAGCUCUGGGUUUACAAGGCUCAGCUUAG